GUCUGCUUGAUCAUUCUCCUGAGAUCUGAUACACAUCACAGAUGUUGAGGAGCCUGUUUCCAACUGAUGACUGAUAGCUUCGAGAUCUGUAGAUAAUCUACCUGAAGAUUCAUCUAACCCCAAGAUUAAGCCUGACUGCAUUCGCUUGGACUUUGAGAAGGUCAUCGUAAUACAGACCAGAGGUUUACUAUCCCAGACUAUAGACUGCAACCUGUCAGGUCAUGGAGAUUCAUCAGUCUGCUGUGAUUCUGAUGCUGGUCUUGUGUGUGUCGUUCUCCACUCAUGCUCAACCACCACAUAUAAAGCCACGCUAUCAAAAGUUCCUCAAUCAGCAUUUCGGUCCUGAUAUGAGUGAGCAGAAGUGUACAAGUGAAAUGAGAAAGAGAGGCAUCACUGGAGCUGACGAUGGCUGCAAACCUGUCAACACCUUCAUACAAGCUAAUUCAAAUAAUAUUAAAGCAGUUUGUGGCAGAGGAGGAACUCCACAGGGCGGUAACCUGUUUAAGAGCAACCAGCCUUUUCCUGUGAUCACCUGCAAAUUACAAAGUGGGGAGAGACCCCCAAGAUGUGAAUAUCGUACGGGGAAGAAGUCGACUCGUUACGUUGUGUUGGGCUGUGCAGAAGGCUGGCCUGUACAUUAUGAAGAAGGCAUAACUAAUACAAAGAAGAUAGGCUGAAAAAAACCUUACAGAGCUUUAUUUCCCAAACAUUUGUUCACUCUCCUUUUCCAUCCUUUUUGUUAGAACUUCACUGUCUCUCAUUUCACAAGUCUGUUUUUACCCUAAAUAAGCUUAAUGCUAAAAAUAAAUUUAUUUCUUUACGUUGGUGUUAUACGGUAUUCUGCACUUCUUCGUGCAUGUUUCUGUGUGUAAGAUCAUGUGCAAGAUUCAGCUAGUCUAAUGAAAUGUUAAAGGGAGACUCCACCCAAAAAUGAAAAUUCUGUCAUCAUUUACUCACC